AUGGUUGCUGACCUGUCUCAAAAGGGACCGACAGGAGGCCCAUGUGAAGAUAGCAUUACUGGAAUGCUAGUUCGAUCAACCUCAACAAGCUGGGGACCAGAUUCGAUGAUCGCAGUCGAUGCUGGCACCCUUUUAUGCGGACUUAAAAAUGUCCUAGAGACAAGUGACGACAAUGGGCCCUUUUCCGGUAUGGCUAUGCCCUACAAAACCGCCAAGGCGAAUGCUGCACACAUCCUUCGAGAGAUCGUCGGACCUGUGUUAGUCACGCAUGCUCAUUUGGACCACAUCUCGGGCUUUGUUGUAAACACGCCGAUUCUGGAAGCCUCCAGCGGUCCCAAACGUCUGACUGCUCUGCCGUCCGUCAUUUCGGCCUUCAAGGAGCAUAUGUUCAAUGAGAUAUUGUGGCCAAAUCUCACCGAUGAAGAUGGUGGAGCGGGGCUCAUCACUUUCCAACGCUUGGUGGAAGGCGGCAACCCACACAUGGGCCGAGGUGAAGAGAAAGGAUAUGUUCGCGCCUGCGAGGGACUUACGACCCGGUGUUUUGCCGUAAGUCACGGGCGAUGCAAACGGCCGUAUCAACAGCAGCCCACCACUUCAACACCUGAUCUAAACCCUCGUCGCUUGAGCCUGCCGUCGUCAGCAGAUCCUGUAUUGUUUCAGGAUUCUUUUGUCGACAGGCCGUUACUCUCACCUGCAACAGGACAGUCGCAAUCCUCUCAGUCCCCACGGGAAGUAUGUACGGCGGUCGAAAGCUCCGCAUUUUUCAUUCGUGACCAUGCUUCAGGAAUAGAAAUCAUAAUUUUCGGCGACAUCGAGCCGGACUCGAUCUCGAUCCAUCCGCGCAACCAGCGUGUCUGGGAAAAGGCCGCGCCUAAGGUGCUUUCCAAAGUUUUGCGCGCCAUAUUUAUCGAGUGUUCUUACGAUAACUCCGUCUCCGACGAGUUUCUAUACGGUCACCUUUGCCCACGCCACUUAAUAAAGGAGCUCAAGGUCCUGGCUCGACUGGUCUUUAAGUUGAAGCACGGGGCAGGCCACAAACGCAAACGUGCCACACCACCAGAGCAGGAACACGCCCCGGAAGAGCCCCCCAGUGCCAAGCAGAAAAGCGGAAGAUCAAAAUCUCAUUCAUCUGCAAAGGGGACACAGCGAGGAAGAGGAAGAACAAGCACCGUCACGUUUGCGGAUACACCAAGCGGCUCCCUUGCUGCUGCUAACGACGACAUUGAGGAAACGACUGAUGAUAUUAAGUGGUCGGAAGAGGAGAAACCUCUAGAAGGUCUGACCAUCUUUCUCAUUCACAUUAAGGAUGAUAUGAGUGAGGACGAGCCUGUCGCCGAGCGCAUAUUGAGCGAAGUCACGGAAUUGGCAGAGACGGAGAACCUAGGAUGCACGAUCCGCGUUCCCGGCCGUGGUGAGAACAUCUUAAUCUAA